UGGGCACCCCCACCUUCGUGGCCCAGAACCUCCCCCCUCGCCCCUCCUUCGCAGGGGGGAGUGGGGCGACGGUUGCCGGGAAGCGCGCGCCGCCCCUCCCUCCCCUCCUCCAUCCUCUCCUCACGCGCCACCCGUUUUUCCUCUUUCUCCGUUAAUAACAGCUGGGUGGCUGUGGGAGGAGGGAAGGUGGCCCCGGCGGAGUCUGGGCGGGCGCCUCCCACUCACCCGCGAGCCGCCGUGUGAGCGGGAGGAUGGCGGCGGUAGCUGCGGCCGCCCGGGAGGAGGCGGUACCGAGGCCCGGGGCGCAGAGAGCGGCGACGACGGCAGAGAGCGGUAGCGACCCGUCGCGGCGCACCAGAAUCGAAACCAGCGGCAGCCGCACAGCCACCUGAGCCGCCCCUCCCGCCGGAGCUAGCGAGAGGCGUCCGCCGCAGCCCGACCUCCUUCCUCUUCUCUCCUCGUUUCCCGCGACUUCCCGCAGGCCGCCGGUCUCGCCCGCCGCCCCCGAACACAAGAGCGCGCCGGGCGCUGACCGCCCUUCGGGGCGCCGGGCGGCGGCCCUGGACGUGCGGGCUUCCCCUUGCGCCGGCCGCGGCGCUUCGGCCCUGCCUGCUCGCUCCUGCGCUCGCUCCCGCCCUCCCGGCGCUCGGGGCGCCGCGCGCGGGCCCGGCCCGGGGCAGGGCGGCCAUGGGCGCCAAGCAGAGCGGCCCGGCCGCUGCUAACGGCCGCACCCGUGCCUACUCGGGCUCGGAUCUACCUUCCAGCAGCAGCGGAGGGACCAAUGGGACCGCGGGCGGCGGCAGCGGCACGGGGGCGCGGGCCGCGGCCGCGGGGAGGUUUCCGGCUCAGGUGCCCGGCGCGCACCAGCCCACCGCCUCCGGCGGCGCCGCGUCGGCCUCGGCGGCUCCGCGCAGUCGCUCCCUCGGCGGGGCCGUGGGGAGCGUGGCGUCGGCGGCCCGCGCGGCGCAGUCCUCCUUCAGCAUCCCCAACAGCAGCAGCGGCCCGUACGGCUCGCAGGACUCGGUGCACAGCAGCCCCGAGGACGGCGGCGGCAGCAGAGACCGGCCGGCGGGCGGGGGCUCCGGCGGCCCGCGCCUGGUGAUCGGCUCCUUACCAGCUCACCUCUCGCCGCACAUGUUUGGAGGAUUUAAGUGCCCCGUAUGCUCAAAAUUUGUACCUUCAGAUGAAAUGGAUUUGCAUCUUGUGAUGUGUUUAACAAAGCCAAGAAUAACCUAUAAUGAGGAUGUACUGAGUAAAGAUGCUGGGGAAUGUGCAAUAUGCCUUGAAGAAUUGCAGCAGGGAGAUACUAUAGCACGACUGCCUUGUCUAUGCAUAUAUCAUAAAGGCUGCAUAGAUGAAUGGUUUGAAGUAAAUAGAUCUUGCCCUGAGCACCCUUCAGAUUAAGCAUCAGCUUCCUGUUUUAUAGGUUUUCUUGUCUUUCCAAGAUGCUUGAAAAACUGAGAGGAUAUGAGGAUCUGUCUCUGGAAAAAGAAAAACAAAACUGCAGGCAUAUUCAGCCAGAAAUCUGAGUUCUGUGAGCCUUGGUAAUGCAGAGAUGGACAAUCAUACAGGGGAAUAACCCUGCUGAAGAGAGGACAGUUGCCACAGAACUCAGUGUACCAAACAUGCAUAUAAAGGACACACAGGGAUUUUGAAAAUGCUGCACAUCCCUUAAUAGUCAUCUACAUAGGUAACACUGAUAAACAUUUUGUAUUCAGACGCCAAAGUUAACUGAUUUAGAAGUUGAUUUUAUUAAGUUCUGUAGAGCCGCGCAACUAGUUGUGUUUUGACUUGUUUUUUGGUUGGGGGUCACUUUAUUUUCCCCAACACGAUGUUUCUGCAUUCAUCUAAAACUGAAGACCACAUAAUGUACUUCUUAUAAAUUAAAGUCUUAAAUGUGAAACCAAGAAAUGUAAUCAAGCAGUAAAACAUUGUCUGAAUGUAGACCAUGAUCUCAAGUUCUUCUAUUUUUUUCCCCCAAGAGUGGAAAAUAGACUUAUACAUAGGAGAGCUAAAGUAUGUUAAUAUUUGAAAUGAAAAGUGUAACAGUACCAGAAUGCAGUCCAAAGAGUAAAUCAAGUUACAUAAUUACAUUUUGAUGAACUAAAUCGAAUUGCGAUUUAUUAAAUGUAUUAUUUCCUCUUAAGUAAAACUGCUCAGUAAUCAGUAAUGAAUCAUCUUGCAGCUAUGCAACUUUUAAAAAAAAAAUACAAAUUACGAAUUUUAAGUGCUGCCAGCUAUAAUAACUUUGUUUUAACGGGUAUUUUUAUUUGUUCUUUUCAUGUAAUUAUUUUAUUGUGCUUUGCAUCUCCAGAAAGUUUUCCCACAUUUGGGUAGAAUGUUUAGCAGGUUGUAAACUUAGUAACUUAUGAAAAGGGUAAAAUAAAAUUUUCUUGCAUGGAACUUGGAA